AUGCCGCUUAAUGAAGAAGUUAUUAAUUGUGGUAAGUGCAGCAAAUUUUUUUUUCCAGCUUUUUCCAGAAGUUCAUUAAUUUUUUAAUCUACUUAUGAUACAUAAGUAAUAAAAAAUGGGAAAAAUGUACUCGUAUAGUGUGCCUACAAUUUUGGAAAAUUUCUUGGAAAAAAAUCCCUGAACUCUUGAGUUUCCAGAAGUUGCUCAAUCUUCUCUGCUCCGUAAACGACUUGUUCAAAGUGAACUUUUGGCCACGUCACACAAUUCGUUGGCAGAGGAAAAGUACCGUAGGUAAAACUUUAUUUUCUGGAACAAAAAUUGAACCAAAAGACCGUACUUUUUCGGGGAAAUUAGUCAAAUUUGAAACUGAUAUAUAAAUAUUUACAUGUUUAAAAAACACGUCAGAAAAGUGCGAAAAAAUUGAACCAAUUUUUCCCUCAUUAAAAAUACCGUAUACGUUCUACCUCCUCCUGAAACGUCAGGAAAAAUUGAACCAAUUUUCUGCCCAUUAAAAAUACCGUACUCUUUUUCCUGAAAAGAAAAUUAGUCAAAUUUGAAACUGAAUAUGUACAUACAUAAAUGUUCUAUUUUUGAACUUUUUUUUUGCCGCGGCCAAUUAUUUUUUUUUUGCCUUCGGUCUUUUUAAUGAGGGAAGUUUAUAAGGAAAAUGGGACUUUUUUCUUCUUUGGAAUUUGAACGCUUCCAGUCUUUCAGCAAAAAAACAACCAAAUAAAUGAAUGAAUGAACAUUCGAUUUUUGAGGAGUUCGAAUUAAUGCUCAAAUCCAAUUAGACUUUGUGCACUAAAACCAUUCAUUACGAAACAAAUUGUGUGUGGUCUUUUGUUUCAAGAUUUUUUUUGGGGAGGAAAUGGAUGGGGUGCGAGUUGCUGAAAGGUUUUUCGACAGUUUUUUUUUGAGAUUCAAUUUGGGAAACACUUUGAGAACGAAGCAAACUUUGGAAAUGGGGGGUUUUUGGACUACAAAAAAAUGUUGUUGAAAUCUGAAAAUUUCCAGGGAAAACAAGUAUGAAUCAUGUGCAAUUUGAAAAACAGGGAUUGAGAAAAUCUACUAUGUAUUUGGAAGUAAAUUAUUAUAUAUACAGAACUUCUGUAACAGAAGAUCUCAAGUUCCUAAAAUCAAAUUAAAUCGAUUAAAAAACUUCAAGAACACCCUUAAAUUAUUUUUCAAAGUUCUUAAACUUCAAGAGAAUACUCAUAUCUCUGCGCUUCACUAUCUUCUCUGCAAAACAUCUACUCUCCAUCACCGCAUCACCCAGAUUGUGCCGACAAAAAUAUGUGUUGUCUAAAUGUCCGUCGACAAUCUUGUUGUGAAGCACCUUCAAAACAUCAUCAUUCGACCCAUUGCUGUGUUUUCUAUGAGGUAAGAAGAAGAAAAAGCACAAAAAAAAUUUCUCCGAAAAAUCAGCAAGAGGAAUAGAGAGCGGGAGAAAAAGAAACUGACCAACUGCUUUUUCGAAUAACCGAUUUUGAAGAUGGGAAGAAAAAAAGAAAUUGAUAGCCUAGUGUAUAUUUUUUCGCAGGGAGCACGACACGUUUUGGAACUUUUUUUCGAAAUUUCUUUUUGUUUCAUGUUCUAUAUGAUUUUAAGCAAUUUGUUUUUAGGGUUUUAUCAAAGAUCUGAGGAAUUUAAUUCUAAUUUUCCAAUUCCUAAAGAUUCUUAUUUAAAUUUUAGAAUUUGUGAGUUUGGUAUUUUUCAAAAUAAAAAUUAUUCAUUGGAAAAAUUAUUAGAAAUUUGAAAUUGUGAUAAAAAACAAUUUCAAGAGAUUCUUGAAGAUUUUCAUAAUUUCUGAACCUGAGAUCUACAAAAUCUUGAGUUUUUUUUUGAAACAUUUUUGAAAUUCUUUGUUUCCUAUUGCGGUUUCCAAAGAAAAAAUAUAACUAAAAAUGCGAAAAUAUAUUGUCCAAAGUCUAACUGUCUGCGUCUCUCGAAUAUACACACUAUUUCUCUGUUUCGUGUCUGCGUCUCUCGAAUACACACACUAUUUCUCUGUUAUGUAUUCCGAAUAUAAGGCGAGCUUUGUACAAUAUAUUCUCGCCUGUUUUGCUACAUUUUUUACUUUGGAUAUCGCAUAAAUACUUUUCUCUACAUUGAAAUUUGUCCAAAAAAAAACACAAAAAACUUCAUUUUAUCGCAUUUCAAACCAAGUUUCAAAUAUGUUUCUAAUUUUCAUUAAAUUCUUUGUUCUCUCACCUUUUUUCAUUCAAUUUCAAAAAGUUCAUAUCAACCCACAAUUUUUCAAGUACAUCUCAUAUAGUUUUCAUUUUAGUUCAGUUUCUCAUAUUUAUUUACCCUCCACGGGAUCAAAGAAAAUCUUUCAUAUUUAUUCUAUUUUUUCGUGAUCAAUUUUAUUUUCCUUUAUUUUUUUUUGUCAAAUUCUCGUAUAAUUUUUUUCUUGUUUUUCAGUUUCAAAAAGGUUGUGCAAUUUCGCAGGUUUUCUCUAGACAAAUUCCGAGUGUCGGAAUAAUAAAAUCAUUUUUUAUACGUAUAAUAAUUUUCAAUAAAAAAUUUCAUCAUAAUAAUCAAUAGGAAAAAUGUUGGAUUUAUUCAGAACAGCAAAGGGAGAAUCUAAACAUGAAGUUGUAAGUGUUAACAGUUUUUUUUCUCAUUUUUGUAGAUAAAAAAGAUCACGAUCAGAGAACACAGAAAAACUUCAAGUCAUUUUUUAUAGAACGAAACAAAUGCUUCGACUUCUUCUAACACUUGGUUGGCAAAAAAGAAACAUUUUCGGGAUACGGAAGAAUGGAAGAUUAAAAAGACUAGGAUUUUGAAGAAAUUACGAGCGUUAUCAAAAAUUAAUUUGGCUAUGGUGCUGUCUAGAAUGCCGGUUAGUUUUUUUUGGGGAUUUAGGGCUGAAAUACAAAAAAAUCACUGAUGAUUUGGGUUGAAAAAUAGAAUCACGGUCUCCAAAAGUUUACCAGAAUUUCAAAAAAAAAAUGUUCAACAGAGCAAAUUUGAUGUUUGGGGAUUGGAAAGUGACCAAAACUAUGUGAUUUCUAAAAAAAACACAGUGUGCACAUAAUUCGGUCCUGCAGAAAAUAUCUUGCAAACACUGUCUUGGGCUAGAAUUUAAUUUAAAUUUAAAUUUAAAUUAUCUAUUGAAUAUCAAAUCCAUGCUGAAAUCCUCUUUUGAUGUUUUUCACAUUCAUAAUUUUCUGUCGAAUUUUUUGUUCUGAAAUUUUAAAUUUUUCUGCAAACCUUUUCCGAAAUUUUUUCUAUUCAAAUGCCGAAGAAAUUCAAUUUCGCUUUUUAACCCCAAGUUUUUCUUUCAAAAAUCUUUGAAAAAUCUAUCUUUCAAAUCUAUUGAACUCAUUUUUUAUACUUCCAAGUUUCCUCAUGUCCAUGGGACGGAUAUUAUCAAUUUUUCAAUUCAUUUUGAUGAAUAUUUUGAGUUUCCGGCAUGGGUUUUCCGGGAAAUGCAUUAUUCCUGAUGACGAAAAAUUUCUUGUUGAAUUCUGCGAAUUGUCAGAUGCAUUUUCCAAUUUCCUGAAAGUUAUUAUUUGUGUUUGGUUAAUUUGAAUUUGAAUUUUUUUUUGAUUUUAGUUUCCAAAAAUGAAGACUAAACUAUUGAAUUUGAUAAAUUUCUCAGUUUUUUCAGAAACAAAAAUUUUGAGCUGAAAAUUAAUAUCAAAGCUACAGAAAUCUGAAUGUGAGAUGAAAUUUUUCAAAAUGUUCGAACUCUUGAAAAAAAAUUUUCAAUUCGGUAGAAAUAAUUUGUUUUUUCGCUAUCAUUUCCGACUGUAAAAAGGCUUCACAAUCUCCGUUUUUCAUUGAUAUUUUUCAAGUUCUAAUCCAACUUAUUGUUCCCCAAUAAAGUGUCAAAUCCUCCCAUAGUUUUUUGCCUUCUCUUAUUCUAUGCCUUCUUUUCAAUAUCUCCCACACACAGCUGACGGUUUUAUUUCUUUUUUCUCUUGAUCACAAACAAACACACACAAAAAAUGACAGCAUGUGCUCAAAAACAAAGAAUAGGAAAAAGAAGAAAAAAGUAUCUUCUCCCUUCGUUUUUUUCAUUUUUCAUAUACAAUUUUUUGCCAUCUCGUGAGCUUUUCUCUCAUUUCCCGUGAGCUUUCUCAUCGUUUCAUUUCAUUUCAUUUCACACACAUACAAAAUUAAGUGUGAAUUAGGUUUUUUGUUCGUUUUUUCUCUAUUUGUGGUACAUAUUUCCAAAAAUCUAAAAAUCCAGAGAUGACGGCGAUCUACGAUAUGACACGCCGUGUCACAAUGCACGAUGUGAAUGCUGAUAUAGACAACGAUUAUGACGAUGAGAAUGAUGCGGAUGUUAAUGAUUUUUUUGCGCCCGAUAGUUCGCAUAGAUAUCACAAUCGUCAGCAAUAUGUUAGGAUUUGGGGGGAACUAUCUGGAAAUUCAGCUUACCAAAAAAAAAUUAGCAACAUUUAUUUUCGUUUCAAAACUUUCGUAAUCAAAUUGAAUUUCUAAAUUUUGUAGUAGAUGUAUAAUUUUCUACCAAAAAUCUGUAGAUUUUUUCAAAAUUUCUCUUCAAUUUUUGCAUUGCAAAACUGGGGUAACCGAAAAUUAGAAACAUCAAUUGUCAGUAAUUUUUUUUAGGAAUCUGAAAUUUAAUAAUUUAAUUUGAAAAUCAUCUCAAAAAAGUUUUCAGAAUUUGAGGAAAGUCAUUAGAAACGAAUUGUUUUUUGAUUUUCUAUUAUUCACAAAAAAUAAUUUUCAGAAAAAAAGAACUUUCAGAAUUCCAAAAAUAACUCCAAAUCUCAAAAUUCUCCAAAACCUCCCUUUUUUCCAGACAAUCGAAAAACUGCCCGACAAAGUUCUCCUUCACAUCUUCCAAUAUUUAUCAGCAAAACAAGUAAGUUAUUCUAACUCCUAAACUUCCAACUCCCUCUCAUCAGAUUCUUCAAACCGGUCAAGUAUGUAAACGUUGGCGCAGUGUUUCGUGCACACCAAUGUUAUGGCGAUUUGUCUCAUUUCGCCCAAAUUAUGGUGGAAUUCAAGUGUCUCAAACCGGACAAGAUCAUUUUUUGCAACUUAUUGGAACUAGAUUUUCUGAAUUGAGGAUUUGUGAAUUGGCGACUGAUUUGAUUACACCAAAUGUUUUACAUGAGCUUGGAAACAAGUGUCCGAAAUUGCAAUAUUUAACGCUAGGUGGGUUAGACCACCCAAGAAGAUUUAUCAAAAUGUUGUUCCAGAUUUCUCAACUGCUAUGCAACUUCACGAUUUCACAGAUUUGCAAACAUUCCCAUCUCGUUUAAAAUCCCUCACACUUUGUUUGUCGGAAAACAUUUUUCUUGAAGGAUUCUUGAGAAAAGUUUACACUUUUAUUUCUUCUGUUGAGACUUUACACAUUAUAGGUUUGAACAAAAACAGGAAAAAAAAACAUCGAUCUAUGACAUUUUUUUCAGGAACUUAUGAGAAAGUGGAAGACGAAGAGGAAGAGGUUUAUGAGACUGUGAAUGUUUUCAAACUCAAGCAAUUUUUACCGAAUUUGAGGGUUGUGAAUCUUUGGGGUGUUCCAUUUAUCACUGAUGAACAUGUUGAUGCGAUUUCUUCAAAUUGUGCACAUUUGGAAUGUUUGUGUGUGAAUUAUUGUCCAAAGAUUACUGGGUCUUGUUUGAAAAGUGUACUUCAACGGUGUCGAAAAUUGAAGACACUGUUCCUAGCGCAUACAAGUGAGUUAGGGGAAGUCAAAUAUUUUUCAAAAAUUCAUUCCUAAUUUCUAGAACUCGACAGUAACAUCAUCAAGCAAGUCGAAUGGGAAAAAACACGAAUCGAAGAACUCGACGUCAAAGGUACUGAAAUCACCUCUGAAGCCUUGAUCAGUAUCCUAACUCGACUGAGCCAUCUCCGCUGGCUCGAUGCCAGUUGGCUAGAAAAUAUGACUGAUCAAGUUUUGGAAGCCUGGCAAAAUUCAAAUUCAAUGGGCAGUUUGCAAUUUCUCAAUCUUGAUACUUGUGAUUCGAUAAAUGAACAAGCAUUGGUGGAUAUGAUUAAGAGGCAUGGACAUCAAUUUCAUGGUUUAUGUUUGGGUGGGCAGCAUAAGUUAUUGGAGUAUUUUUGGAUGAAUAUGAUUCCACAGUUGAAAAAUAUUAGGUGAGUUUGGAACAUAAUUUUUUUUAAUUAGCAAAAUUGAUUUCUAAUGUUAGCCUAAAUUCUCUUUGUUUGUAAACAAAAUGCAUAUACAUAGACGAAGAUAAUCCUCGGAAAUGUCAAAUUUCCGAUUAUCAAGGAAAUUUGUUUUCUAGAAAAUGUUGCAAUUUAAAUUGAUUUAUGAUCUUCGAUAUUUUUCAGAGUGCUAGUCAUGGGAAUCGCCGAAGAUUGUUGUCCAAAAGUCGUCGCGAAAAUCCACGUGGAUCAAUUUAUCGAUUGCAUCGCCCAAAAUUGUCCCAGACUAACUCGAAUGGAAAUUCGUUGGGACGAUGAAACAUUACGGUUUUCAGACAAAUCUAGCAAAUUUAUCGAUGUUUUGCGUAUGAAAUGUCUCAUGUUACAUGCAAUAGUUCUUUCCGAUGGUCAAUAUUAUGAGCUUGUGAGAAGCAAUUUUGAACGUGCCGAUCGAAUGAGUGUUGUCAGGUUUGUGAAUUUUUGAUCCUCUCUAAAUCCCUAAAAUUGGAUUUUGUUACAUUUUUCUGAUAAGUGACUCAUGGGAUUAGUUCUGAUUCUUACUCUUUGUGUUUUUUUUUCCAGAACAACUGAAAUGUGUCGAACCGGACUUCUUCAUUGCUCUCGAUACUUUACACAACUUUUAUUUAAUUGA